AUGUAAAAAUUUGUUGGGAAAUACUCAUUCAAUAUGAAUCAUCUACUUGGAAGAGGAGCAUAUGGAAUUGUUUACAAAGGGACGUCAUCUGAUGGAAUGCCUGUUGCAAUUAAAGUGAUUGAUAGAAGAAUGAUUAAUCAAACUAAUACUUAACAAUUAUUAAAUGAGAUUAGAUCUAUGAAGUAACUUAAUCAUAAAAAUAUUGUUAAAUUUUUAGAUUUCUAUGAAACUCAAAACAAUUUUUAUAUUAUAUCAGAAUUUUGUAAUGGUGGAGAUUUAAGAGAUAUAAUCAAAAGAGGUAAAUUGGAUUCAUAAUCAGUAAUCAAUAUCCUAAAGCAAAUCUUAAAUGGUUAUCAUUCACUCUUUCAAAACUCAAUAAUUCACAGAGAUUUAAAACCAGCUAAUAUACUAUUGCAUUAGGGAAUUCCUAAAAUUGCAGAUUUCGGAUUUGCAAAGAAAAUUGAUUUCGAAAACGAUUUAAUGACAAGCAUAGCAGGCACUCCUCUUUAUAUGGCUCCGUAAGUUAUUUUAAGAUAACCUUACACAUCCAAAUGCGACAUUUGGUCUUUAGGCAUGAUUUUGUAUGAGUUACUAUUUUAAAAACUUCCCAUAAUUGCUGAUAAUAUAAUCCAAUUGUAAGAAAAAAUUUGUAAACCAAUCAUUGUACCUCAACUAGAUAAUUCAUAAUUAUAGUAAUUAAUUUAAGGAUGUUUACAAAUUAACGAAGAGAAUAGGAUAAAUUGGGAGGAAAUCUAUUAGAAUCCACUUAUUUAAGAACAGAGCAAUUCAAAAAGACAAUAUGCAGGUGUAUUGGUGGAGGUAGAGCCUGAAUAAACUGAUUACAGAAAACUAUUAAUAAUAAAUUAUUUGUAAAUUGAGUUUGAAGCUAACUAAAGAAUUUAUUUGAAUUAGCUGAAUUUUGCUAGAAGUGCAUUUAAUUUUAGUUUUUUCAUUUAAAAAUUUGAACAGCCAUUCUAUGAUUUGGCAUAAAAAUUACGAUGUUUUUCAUUUAAUUGGUUAAUUUAGCUGGAAAACUCAAAGUUUUUAAAAGAAUAACAGAAGUUUUUCAAUGAUGAAAGAGGUUAAUUUUGUUUGACUUAAUUGAAACAAAUGAAACAGGCUUUUGUUGACAAUGCACCUGAGAACAUUUAAUAGUUGACUUUCAAUAUGAUAACUUUAAUAUAAUUACUUGAAGACUACUUUACAAAUUUUUCUGUUAAUUUGGGGUCAUUAAAUAGACAUCAAUUAUUAGCUACAUUUAUGAUGAAAUACCUAUCUAGGACUUUAAGAACAGCUAAAUUGAAUGAAUGUUUUUAUGUAGCAGAUCUUUCAGAUAUUUAAAAGUGUACAGACAAAGAGAUUAUGUAGAGGAUCCUACAACCUUGA